GCUUCCCUGCCGCAUCCAUUUUUGUGCAUUCAAGAAAUCUCUUGGAGUUAGCAGCAGCAGCGGCAGGAGGGAAUCGCGGGGAAGUCCGCCGACAACCGCAAUAAGGAUGCCAUGGGUUAGGCUACAUUCACCAUGAUUGCGAAAUAAAAGCAUCCACACCUGAAGAUGUCAGCUUUGGGGGCCCCUGCGGCUCCCGCUCCGCCGGACCUGAGCCACCUCACCGAGGAGGAGAGGAGGAUCAUCCUCUCGGUCAUGGAGCGGCAGAAGACAGAGGAGGAGAAAGAGCAGUCCAUGCUGAAGGAACCUCCUAAAGAAGACUCAAAGCCUCAGUCAGCUCAGUGGAAUCCUUUCAGUGGAAUCACUGAGCUGGUUAGUAAUGUCCUUCAGCCCCAGUCAAAGUCCCCCAGUGAGGAGCAGCCCAGGCCGAAGCUGCACCAGCAGUUUGAGAUGUACAAGGACCAGGUGAAGAAGAUCGGAGAGGAGGCUCCGAAGAACCCGGAGCAGAAGGGAGACUCGCCCAUCUGUGGGAUCUGCCACAAAACCAAGUUUGCCGACGGCUGCGGCCACGUCUGUUCUUAUUGCCAAACCAAGUUCUGCGCGCGUUGUGGAGGACGCGUCUCCCUCCGCUCCAAUAAAGUACGUCUGACUCCUCUCUCCCACCGUAGAGUCUGUAGACAAGUUGUGUAG